GUUCACAUCCUGAUAAAAGGGAAAAGAUACUAAGCCACAUUAUGUAUUCUACUUGAAUUUAAUCAUAUAAUGCAUUGCCAAAACCCAAAGAGUUAAAACUAAUGUCUACUUUCGAUAAAAUUCUAAGGCUCAUUUCCAUCUUCUUCAUCAUCCUCUCCAUCUUCACAUCUCAAUCUCUAUCUGAAUCCGACGAAAAAUGCGAAACAGAGGAAAAGGAAUGCCAUGACAAAACGAAAGCUUUGCCUCUAAAAAUUAUAGCCAUUGCUUCAAUCUUGGUCACUAGCAUGAUAGGUGUAUGCUGUCCUCUUUUGACACGUUCAAUUCCAGCUCCAAAUCCAGAAAGAAACAUAUUUUUUAUAAUUAAGGGAUUUGCAGCUGGUAUCAUUCUUGCUACUGGUUUUGUCCAUGUCUUACCAGAUGCUUUCGACAUGUUAUCGAAGAGUUGCUUGAAAGAUCCAUGGGAUGAUUUCCCCUUUGCUGGAUUUGUGUCGAUGUUAUCAUCUACGCUAGCACUGAUGAUAAUAGUAUAUACAGCAAGAAAUGCAGUAUCGAGGCAAGCCCAAAAAGAAAUUGUUCAGGAAGAUCGAGAGAUGGGUACGGUAAUCGUGGGGCAUGGACAUGUUCACGGUCACCAUCACGAGUCAAUAGCUGCAAGUGAUGAACAACAACUUCUUCGUUACCGGGUUAUUGCCAUGGUACUAGAGCUGGGCAUCAUAGUUCAUUCAGUCGUAAUAGGUCUCUCUCUAGGAGCCUCCAACAACGUCUGUUCAAUAAAAAGUCUGGUGGCUGCUCUUUGCUUCCAUCAAAUGUUUGAAGGAAUGGGCCUUGGUGGUUGCAUUGUCCAGGCCAAUUAUAAGCUCUUGAAGAAGGUGAUGAUGACUCUUUUCUUCAUAGUAACGACACCAUUUGGAAUAGUACUUGGGAUGCUGUUGACAAAAGUAUACAAGGAAGACACCCCUGCUGCUUCAAUAAUUGUUGGUUUACUUAAUUCAUCGUCUUCAGGAAUUUUAAUAUACAUGGCCUUGGUCGAUCUUCUUUCUGCUGAUUUUAUGUCUCCAAAGCUUCAAGCUAGCAUUUGGCUUCAGGCUAAAUCUUAUACUGCUGUUCUUCUUGGUGUUGGUGCAAUGUCUCUUAUGGCUAAGUGGGCCUGAUAUCUCCUCUCUAAUAAUUACUUACUUUUUCACCCUUUUCAAUAUAGUAGUUAAAAUAAGUGCAAUCAAAUAAUUUG